AUGUCUGGAAUGUUGCACAAGGUUAAGGAGGCUGUUACUGGCCAUCACGACUCGACCUCCAACACCACCCAUACCAGCACCGGUACCACCAAUACUGCCAAUGCCACCGAGAACUACAAGUCCUCCAACCACGGCCCUCACAGCUCCAACAUCGCUAACAAGCUUGACCCUCGUGUCGAUAGCGACCGUGACAACCGCGCUGGUCAUCACACUACCACAACCACCGGCCCCGGUGGCGCGACUACCACCCACUCCAGCACUCAUGGUCCUCAGCAAGCUCCUGUUGGCGCCGCUGGCGGCGUAGACGCCCCAUUCGGCACUACUGGUUCCCACUCUACCAAUGCUGGCCCGCACAGCUCCAACAUCGCCAAUAAGGUUGAUCCCCGCGUGGACUCCGACAGAGACAACCGCGCCCGUCAUGAAGCUCUGGGCGGUGCUCAUGGCCCUCACUCGUCCGACCUGGCCAACAAGGUCGACCCCCGUGUUGACAGUGACCGAGACAACCGCGCCGCCGGUCUUGGAGCCACUGGCGCCAUUGGUACCCCUGGUGCCUACGCCGCUGGAGCCAACCACGGUUACGGCACUGGUGCUGGUGUUCACACUGGCACUGGUGUUCACACUGGCACUGGUGCUCACACUGGCGCUGGUGUUGGCACUGGCACUGGUGUUGGCACUGGCACUGGUAUUGGCCACGGCACUACUACCUCCACCGCUGGACCUCACAGCUCCGACCUCGCCAACAAGGCCGAUCCUCGUGUUGACUCCGACCUGGACAACCGUGCCCGCCACCAGAAUCUUGCCAGCAGCAGCUACAACACCACUGGUGGUAGCGCCACUGCGGGGCCCCAUAGCUCCGACAUUGCUAACAAGCUUGACCCUCGCGUCGACUCCGAUUUGGAUAACCGCCGCAACGUUGGCACCCAGCGCCAAUUCUAA